UUGAUUCCUCUUACAGCGCCUCUUAUUUUAAUGUUGACACGCAGGGAACAACCAGAAGAUGUUGAUCAUAUUUAUCUACUGCUGAUGAUCACAGUGGGGCGAUGCACAGAUGAUUUGACCUUUACAACACAGACAGUUGAUGUUGGAGAUGAUGUGACUCUGACCUGUCCCCGCCAGACAUCUAUGUAUCAAGUAACCUUACAUUGGAUCAGGCUUGUUUCUGGAAACUGGCCUGAAUUCUUGGGAGGAACGUUCAACUUUGAUCAUGAUGGUGUUAAUAAGACUCCUCACAUUACAGCAAAACAACAGCCUGGAACCUUUAUUCUGCACAUCAGUCAAACUACGCUCAGUGAUACUGGAGUUUACUACUGUAUAAAAGUAGAUUCUCUUCACAUGACAUUUCUGAAUGGGACGUUUCUGAGAAUUAAAGGACCAGAACCACAUAUCACUACCGUCACUGAAGUGUCUCCAUCUGAUCCAGACUCAAUGACUCUACAGUGUUCAGUCCUCUCUGACUAUGACAACAAGACAUGUCCAGAAGAUCACAGAGUGUACUGGUUCAGAGCCAAAUCAGAUGAGUCUCAUCCCAGUUUAAUUUAUAUUCAUCAAGAUAGUGGUGAUGGAUGUGAGAGGAGUCCUGAGACUCACUCACAGAGAUGUGUCUACAGCUUCUCUAAGGACGUCAGCUCCUCUCAUGCUGGGACUUACUACUGUGCUGUGGCCACAUGUGGAGAGAUAUUAUUUGGAAAUGGAACUAAACUGGACAUUAAAGCAGUCAACACGUGGGAUGUACAGAAGGCCAAUAUAGUGAUCUCUCUUUUAUGCGCUGCUCUGGUUCCAAGUCUGAUUGUUAUGACUGUCUUAAUUUACAACAAUUGUGAUUGUUACACAGGUUCUGCUGCAGUUGACAUGCAAACAAAUCAUGGUGCAAAGAAAAAUCCGCAGAGAGGUGAAGACACAUCGGUUUAUUCUGCUGUCGUCUUCAAAAUGAUGAAUGGGGACCGUGGUGGAAGAAGGAACUCAGAAACAGUGGAAAGAGAGAGGAUGUACAUGGCUCUGAAGGCUUUUAGUCUGGAUUAGUGAGGUCUGUUUGUUUUAGUGUCCAGUUGAUAUUUGUUUGGAGAAUAAGGUUUGUCACAUUGAGCUACUGGUAAUACUGUAUAUACUAUCAUUUUAUUUCUAAUCCUUCAGUAGAAUAAUUACUGAAAUUAAGCUUCAGUUGGAAUUUGGCUGACUUACAAAUGUGAAAUUUUGAGUUCGCAGCUGUUUCUGUUUUGAUUGUUUUGUUUUAGAAAUUGUUCUAUCAACCAGUGUAAAUAAAUAAAACACAUUUCUCUCAACAUAUGGAGUCAAUAAAUGACAUAAAAAAAAAUUAAAAAAAAAACUGAGUCCUCAGACGGUGUUUAGCUCACUCAGAUGAGCAACCACCCCAUGUGUUGAGGCUAUAGUCCUCUGCAGGUGGCCCAGGUUUAAAUCCUGCACCAGGUGUC